CCAACGCGACGCCUGGAUGCUCGAACCCCUCGAACCCUCCGACCGGACCGCGCGCGUCGACCCCACGCGCCUGCGAAACCGGCGCUUCCAGUCCGGGCCCCGCGCCGGCCACGCCGGGGCCGCGGGCGGGGGCGUCGACGUCACGUGGACGGAGACCCCGGAGCAGAAAAUGAAGCGGCUCCAGGACGAGGUGCUGGGCGUGCAGGCGCCGCGGAAUCACGAUGCAGGGGCUGCUGCCGCUGGUGGUAAACAGACUCAGCCGUCCAAGGCGAUGCAGGAGCAGAUUCGGCGGUAUAAUGAGGAGAAGCGACGGGAGGAUGCGGCGGCGCGCGAGAAGCAUAGGACACUGCCCAAAGAGGAGGAGGAUGAUCCCAGUAAGCGGGCGUUCGAUCGCGAGAAGGAUAUGGGCCUCGCCGGGAAGAUUUCCCAUGCCCAGCGGAGGGAGAUGAUCAGUAAGGCGGCGGAUUUUGGGAGUCGGUUUUCGAGUGGCAGGUUUUUGUGAUGGGGGAUGAGGCAUUUUUGUUAUCCGGGAGGGGGGAUGCUGUAAGGGAGGAGGAGAAGGAGGAGGGGGAGGAGGGGUCGGUGGUUCCAUUGCUGCGUGGUGGAUGGAUAGGUGGAUAGAUGGGGGGUUGUCUCCUACUGCUACCUAUUUACUAUCAAUGUACAUGAAGUGGUG